AUCUGGAUCACUUACGGAAAAAAGCCCCCCGUUGUUCUUCCCAAAAGACCUACACAAUCACAAUGUUCAAAAGGACCAGCAAGACCCCCAAACAAACCCAGCCAGUUGACAUCAUCCUUUUCAGAAUUAAACAUUUCCCCGGAGCCCGAAACCUAUGAUGACAUCAGCUCACUCCCACCACCUCCUCCCCCACCUCCCAAGCCAAGAGACUCGUGGACUGACAGUUACCCUUCUCAGCACGAGGACAGCGAUCAAGAAAUCUAUGAAGACCCAGACAAACCUGUUCCUAUUGAGAGGCAUGUCUUAAAAGAAAAUAAAAAGGUAGAGCUGGACAAGAAAGAACUGAAGGAAAAGCAGAAGCAGGAAAACGAGUAUAGAAAAAGAUUUAAGCUGAAUGGACCUAUUGAGGUUAUCCACAUGGCUCGUGUAAGAGAGGACUGGCAGGGCGGAAAGAAUGACCUGAUCGUGCGACAGGGGGAGAACGUGGAGAUCAUCCGUGUGAGCAACAACCCUGAAGGGAAAUGGCUGGCACGAAAUAUGAAGGGCAACAUUGGCUACAUCAGUAACUCCUGUGUGGAUGUGGAUUAUGAGGAAGUGAAGCGGAAAAUCCGCGGUCAAGCCACCCCCUCCUUCCAACCUCCUGUAGUCCAGGCCAUCAACCCAGAAUUUUAUGAUGAUAUCGGCUCCAAUGACCAACUGGACAGCAGUUUUCACAGCGAUGAUGUAUAUGAUGAUGUGGACCAUGAGUUUCCUCCUCCUCCCCCAGAGAUCAGCCACGAUCCGAAAAAGACCAAGCAGCAGGAGAAAGAGUUUCGAAAGAAAUUUAAGUUUGAAGGGCCCAUCCGAGUUUUGUACACCAUGAUGGUGGAUCCUAAUGCCAGUUUGAAGAAGGGUGGGAACAAAGACCUGCCGUUGGUCCAUGGAGAGAUUCUUGAGGUUAUACAGGAGACCAACAAGAAGCGAGUUCUGUGCCGUAAUAACGAGGGGAAAUAUGGAUACGUGCCCAUGAAUUACCUUUUGCCUGAGGAGAAUGAUGUUUAUGAUGACAUUGACGCUGCUUCAGAUAUAUAUGAUAAUGAUGACAGCUGACCUGCUUGGAGAUGAUGGGUAUCAUCCAUAUAAAAGUGUUUUUACCUGAGAAAGUAAAAAGGGACUGAUCCCCAUCUGUUCUCUAUAUGAAUGAAUGACAUGGUUUGAAAUUUGCUUCAGGAAACUAAAACUCAAAGCUUUGUAUAUUGUAGAAAUAAUUAUUAUGAAACAUUAUAAUUAUAAUUAUUAUUAUUAUUAUUGAAAAAUAUUUUGUAAAAAAUGACUUGUAAUUAUCAUAGGGAUGAUUUUGAUAUUUGUUAGAUUUGAUAUACUGUUAUAUUCUCAUCUUUUCUGAUAUUGACAAUCCAGCACUGUUUAAAUAAAAAGAAAUAAAGUUUUAUAUUUGA